AGGUUUGAAACAUCCUUCUAUAUGGGUGAUUCCAUGACGUUGAUACUAAAAACACUCAAAGACUGGUAUUACGCACAUUAUGUUAAUUACAUGCACCCACUUUUUCUUCAAGUACAUAAGCCGAUGUUUUGAGCUUGUGCAAGCAUUCGUUACUAGAGGAGUAGAGAAAUCGAAGUGUUUGUUUUGCGGAAUAUAUAAUAAAAAAUUAAAGCAAUGAGGGCCCUGACAUUGGCACUUUUUACUCUGAUGUAUAUGGAAACAUCAGCUCAGCGGCAAACCGACUGGGACAGGCCGCUUAACUUUCAAUGCUCUUCCACUGCUAACGGCAUCUCAUAUGUUAUAUCUGUGCAUGACAAGAGAAAGAAGGAGAGACGAUUUCUCUUCGUAUGUAGACCUGUUCAUGCAGUCUCUGGAUCUGUUUCUUGCCACUUAUCAGGUUACGUGAAUAGUUAUGAUCAGCCAUUCCUUUUUACGUGUCCAAAUGGGGGUUAUCUGAAUAGUGUCUCUGAUGUCCACAACAACAGCGAGAAAGACAGGCUGUAUAGAUUUAGAUGUUGUACUCCGAGUUCAGGCUACUACCAUACGGACUGCACAUGGACUGGUUGGGUUAACAAUUGGAGUGAAUAUUUUACGUACUUCACUCCUCGCAAUUAUAUCAUCAAAGGAGUCCACAGCAUUCACAACAAGAGGAAAAAGGACAGAAGAUUUCAAUUUGAAAUCUGCCGGAUCACCCCACACUGAAGGUUUGAAUUUGGAAUCAGCCAGAUCAUCACACACUGAAGAGGAUGUUCUUGAUUUAUAGCAUGUAGAAUACUACAAUAAAUGAUUAAAAAACGUGUA